GGCGGCUGCUCCGUGACGCUCCGUGACACCGGCGCUGUAUUGGAGUUGGACGUGGCACUCUCGGCACGCGAUUCAACAUCAGCAGAGGAAAGGACGCAGCUCAUCAUUCUCCUUCAGGUCACCUUUUUUUUGUCUCAGACUGGAAUGAAAGAGGUAUAACAGUAGGAUGAGUCAGCAAGGUUAUGUUGCCACCCCUCCAUACUCCCAGGCCCAGGCUGGAAUGGUGGGAUACUCUGCAGGUUUUGGGAACCCCCCACCUCAGUCGCAUUAUGGCAUGUAUGGAUCUCCGCCACAGGGCUACUCUGCCCCUCCGACAGGUGUGCUCAAACCUCCUGCCUCCUCUUUUUCUGGGAUGCCUCCACCACCAGUAUCCAGCCAGUAUGGUGCUAACAUUCAGCAAAAUGGGGCCCAUCCCCACAGUUUCCCUGCUCCUGUUGCUUCAGCUCAUUCCAUGUCUGCUUAUGGACAGCCUCCUCAAAGUGCUCUUCAUAGUAUGGCACAAGCCCUGCCUCCAACUCAACAGCUGACCAAUCAAAUGAAUGCCAUGAACAUUGGAGGAUAUGGCCAAAGGCCCAUGCAGGUACCACAGUCCCCUUCCAGCUUAGCAGCACCACAACAGUUUCAAACUUCCCCACCAGCAGCAAUGGGACAUCCGCCCAUUUCUCCACCAGGACAGCAGCUGCCCUCUCUUGGAUCUCCUCCACCAAUGACCACGAUAGGUUCUGUGACAGCUCCGCCAAUGGGAAUGCCUGGCCCACCUGGACCAGGUGUCCACCAACCACCACUGGGACCCCAAGGCUAUCCACAGCAACCAGGGAGCCCAAUGUCAGGCCCGUAUGGUGCACAAAUGGCAGGGCCACAAUCAGGCGCUUUCCCAGGAGGCUUUCCUGGAGGUCCAGCACAAAUGGCAGGCCCUCCUCAAAAGAAGCUGGACCCGGACUCCAUUCCAAGCACAACGCAAGUGAUUGAGGAUGACCAGGCUAAGAGAGGAGGCCAGGUGUAUGUCACAAACAUCAGAGGUCAGGUGCCUCCACUGGUCACCACAGAUUUCACAGUGCAGGAUCAAGGGAAUGCCAGCCCAAGGUUCAUGCGGUGCACAACAUAUUCCUUCCCCAGCACUGCUGACCUUGCAAAGCAGUGCAAAGUGCCUCUGGCAGCCAUCAUCAAACCCUUCGCCACCGUGCCCAAAAAUGAGACUCCUCUGUACAUUGUAAAUCACGGUGAGACUGGACCAAUCCGCUGCAACCGCUGCAAGGCCUACAUGUGUCCUUACAUGCAGUUUAUCGAUGGAGGACGACGCUACCAGUGUGGCUUCUGCAGCUGCGUUAAUGAAGUUCCAGUGCAGUAUUUCCAGCAUUUGGACCAUAUGGGGAGAAGAAUGGAUCUGUAUGAGAGACCAGAACUGUCUUUGGGCUCAUAUGAGUUCAUUGCCACACUGGAUUACUGCAAGAAUAAUAAGCCUCCUAAUCCUCCUGCCUACAUCUUCAUGAUCGAUGUCUCCUACAACAACAUAAAAAGUGGACUUGUCAAACUAAUAUGCGAGGAACUGAAGACACUGCUUGACCGACUUCCAAAAGAGGAGGGAACCGAGACUUCGGCUAUCAAAGUGGGUUUUGUCACCUAUAAUAAGAUCCUGCACUUCUAUAAUGUGAAGAGCGCUCUGGCCCAGCCGCAGAUGAUGGUGGUCUCUGAUGUGGCUGAGAUGUUUGUACCACUUCUCGACGGAUUCCUCGUCAACUUCCAGGAGUCCCGAGCUGUCAUCAACAACCUUUUAGAGCAGAUCCCUGACAUGUUUGCUGACACCAACGAGAGCGAGACUGUUUUCUCACCCGUCAUCCAAGCUGGUGUGGAGGCACUAAAGGCAGCUGAGUGCAGUGGCAAACUCUUCAUCUUUCAGUCCUCCAUCCCAACAGCAGAGGCGCCAGGAAAACUGAAAAACAGAGAUGACCUAAAAUUAGUGGGUACAGAAAAGGAGAAGACUCUGUUCCAGCCUCAGCGGGGUGUGUAUGAGCAGCUGACUAAAGACUGUGUGGCGCAGGGCUGUUGUGUCGAUCUCUUCCUGUUUCCUAACCAGUUUGUGGAUAUAGCCACCAUGGGCGAUGUGCCGUCACACACCAGCGGCUCCAUCUACAAGUACAGCAACUUCCAGGUGGAGGUGAAUGGUCAGCAGUUUCUCAGUGACCUCAGGAGAGAUGUGGAGAAGUCCAUCGGAUUCGACGCUAUAAUGCGUGUCCGUACUGGCACAGGCUUCAGGGCGACAGAUUUCUUUGGUGCCAUAUACAUGAACAACACUACAGAUGUGGAGAUGGCAGCAGUGGACUGUGACAAAGCUGUGACGGUCGAGUUUAAGCACGACGACACACUCAGCGAGGAGUCUGGAGCUGUGAUGCAGUGUGCUCUGCUCUACACCACCAUCGGUGGACAGAGGAGGCUGCGGAUUCACAACCUCAGUCUGAACUGCAGCUCUCAGCUGUCUGAACUCUACAAAAGCUGCGAGACAGACGCCCUCAUCAACUUCUUCGCCAAGUCAGGUGACCGCAUUACCAACUCUUACAGGAAUGUACAUGAAAACGUCAUGCAUGAAACAAAACAUGCUCUUGAAUGUUUUGCCCGGCAGCUAAUCCUGCCUGAUGCGAUGAAGGUGUUUCCCGUCUACAUGAACAGUCUGUUGAAGACUCCGACUCUAGUGGGCAGCACUGAGCUCUCCACAGAUGACCGGGCCUUUCACAGACUCCUGGUCAAUGCGAUGGGAGUGGAGGAAACACAGGUCCUGCUCUAUCCACGCCUCAUCCCGCUGCACACUAUGGAUGUGUCCAGUGAGGCGAUCCCGGCUCCAGUGCGCUGCUCUGAGGAGCGGCUCAGCGAGUCCGGCAUCUUCCUGCUGGAAAACGGGCUCUGCGUGUUCCUCUGGCUGGGACAGGCCUGUCCGCCCGACCUCAUACAGAACCUCUUCAAUGUGCCUUCUCUCGGCCAUCUGUCCUCAGAAGGGCCGACGUCAUUACCUGUGCUGGAUAAUGCUCAUUCCAGGAAGAUCCAUUCAAUCAUCUCCAGCAUUUCACAGCGGAGGGCCACAUCUAUGAAGCUGCUGAUAGUGAAGCAGAAGGACCGAUCGGAGAUGUUGUUCCGUCAGCACCUGGUGGAGGACAAGGGUCUUCACGGAGGAGCGUCUUACAUGGACUUCCUGUGCUACGUCCACCGCGAGAUCAGGCAGCUCCUUACUUAACACACACUCACACUCACACACACACACACUCACACACACAGAAAGAGUUAAGUGUGUUACAGCGCACAGCCCUCUUCCUCUAUAGCUGCCUAUGAUAUACGACCAAACUCUCUUUCUGCAGUUGAGUGUGAACUUUCUGCUUUAUUCCUCAGUGUUUGACAUGAGGGAAAUGGGUGUUUAGAUUGAACUCCUUCAAAUGCGCCACGUCUCGCUGUUCUGAGGAGCCAUUAUAUUGAGAGAUCGUCUCAGUGAUUUUCUUAAGUCACUCCCCCAGAUUACAUUUACCAAAGGGAAACAUUUCUUUGAAUCCUUAAUGCAGCA